AUGGCGAGACCUAAUCAGGAAGCAAUUAACACCUACAUGAAUAUAACUGGCGUAUCAGAACCAGAUGCUAUACGAAAACUUGAGGAGCAUGGUGGCAAUCUCAAUGAAGCCGUCAAUGCGCAUUUCAGUGAAGGGGAUCGAAACAUCACACACGAAACAUCUGUUCCUGCUCCUCAGGAUGAUGUCAUGGACAUUGAUGAUCCAAUUCCAAUUGCAUCCCGUAGACCUCCUUUCUCACUUAUAUCUUCUGCGGGAAAUGUGGAUCCUUUUUCUCUCGUUGAUCCCCUUGUCCGUAGAAGUAUAUUUGAUAGUGGAACUGAUUUUCCAAGCAGUGCACGUGCCCCUUUUGUGUCACAUCCAAGAGAAGUGAGGGAGAUCCCUAUUGAGGUCAAGGAUGGGAAUGGGCAAUCCGGUCAUUCUGGUCUUGCUCCUCCCAUUGAUGAUGUCACUGAAACUGCAGUUUCCCAUGGCCCAGGAACCCAUGGGACUGUAAUAACUGAUGAUAAAGAUGACAAAGAUAUUCCAACUGCAUGUUCUGCAGAGCCAACUAGUUCUCAUGACACGCAUCCUAGACCAAGUUCCCCUGGAAUUGCUGAUUUACCUGACUAUGGAAAUGAUAUAGAAGAAGAAAUGAUUCGAGCUGCAAUUGAGGCUUCCAAACGGGAUACUGAGAUAGUUUAUCCAGAUCAACAAUUUGGUGUUCAAUAUGUAUGUCAAGACCCAAGUGGUCCCAUGCUUCAGCAAAGGCAAUCUCACCUAGAGGAUGCUGAACUUGCUCAUGCAGUUUCGUUAUCAUUGGAGACAGCGGAGCAAGAGAAAGCAUUGCGCGAACUGGGGGGGACAGAAGCAUCAGAUAUGGAAACUUAUAAGUCAGACAACAUGGAAGAGCUAGGGCAAUUAGCAUCACCUAAUGGAAGGCCACCUAAGUUGGAGAUGGGAAGCUCAUCUGUCCAGGAUGAAGCUGAAGAUGUCGAAGAACAGCCACUUGUUAGGAACAGGAGUAGGCAAAUGUCUUCGGUUUCUAUCGACACUGCCAAAGAAAUUGAAGAAAUAGAGGUUAGCCCUCCUUCACGUCCUCAACAAGGUGUUAUUGUCAGUAAUCCACAGCAUAAUGAAAGCCACUUACAAUCGGAUGAGUGGGGAGGCAUAUCUUCUGAGGAACAUGAUGAAGCUGUCAUGCUUGAGGCUGCACUCUUUGGCGGAAUCCCUGAAGGGAGUGGAUAUCCUCUUCCCUAUGCACCGCAUCAGGUCAUGCAGAAUGGCUUCGAUAGAACUGUGGGUCCUAAUUCUUGGUGGACACCGCGUCCUCCAUCACCUUCUCUUGCUGCCCAGCGCUUGAUACGGGAACAACAGGAUGAUGAAUAUCUUGCUUCACUGCAAGCUGAUAGGGAAAAAGAAUUGAAGGCCAGGGAGGAAGCCGAAGCUCGUCGUUUAGACGAACAAGCAGCUAGAGAAGCUGCUCUUCAAGAAGACAUGAGAAAGGAGGAUGAAUCACGUAUAAGAUUGGAGGAGGAACAG